UAAAAUAAUUAUUUAAAUGGUUGUAAUGCCGUUGCCCCUCUCGGCUGUUGGCAUCACACUACAUCCGAUGUGAUAAGCGCGGUGUACACUACCAAAAAAAAAAAUAAUAGAGCUAUGUAACCAUAGAUAAGGGUCUUAUGCAUAAGCAAACUAUAAAUACCUUUGACCAAAACACUUAAAAUAUAGUUACUGUUUGUAAUUCCUGUCUGUCAGCAUAACUAUGGGAUGUUCUGAGAUCUCGACAAUAUCGAGCUUUUUCAGUGUAGUGUCAUGUCUAAGUUGGAUAUGUGCACAAAUCCCCCAAAUCUUUGAGAAUUAUAAAAACAAGUCCGCCGAUGGGAUAUCCCCGACGUUCCUAUUCUUAUGGUUUAUGGGAGAUUUCUUAAGUUUUACAAGUUGUUUAUUGAAUGAUUCCGUUUUAAACUUCCAAUUAUAUUUGAGUGUAUUCUUUCUUUGUAAUGAUAUCACUUUAUUCUUUCAAUAUUAUUAUUAUAAUAGUGUAUAUCCUAGAAAGUAUGGUUAUACUACAUUCAACAAGCAGAUUCAAACUUUACAUGAUGAUUCUGAAACUAUUACUAAUGAUAUAGAUAUCCAUGCUGAUAGUUCGGCAGUACAUAUAAGACAUGGACAAAAAAGUCCUAUUGAUGAAGAACUGCCAGUUAGUUCAAUUAGUUCUACGCCCAGUAGUUAUAAUUCUACUAGUGAGGGGAAUACCAAUAUUGUUCGAUCCGCAGUAGUAGGAGCGGUUCUUAAUUCAUCAUUCACAUCGGCCUUACCUAUUUUGGUAAUGGCAGCAGAUUCUUCAUCUCCUCAUUCAUCAGCAAGAGAAACUUGGGGAUUAAUACUUGCUUGGAGUUGUACAGCAGUAUAUGUAUCAUCGCGAUGUCCUCAAUUAUAUAAGAAUUAUCUUAGAAAAUCUGUAGAAGGUAUAUCACCACUAUUAUUUGGAGCUGCUUUAUUGGGGAAUUUAACUUACACAUUAUCUAUACUUACAAGUUGUGAGUUUGUUUAUGCAGAUGAUAGAUCUAAUUUUGUUAUGAAAGAGUUACCUUAUAUACUAGGUAGUUCAGGAACAAUUAUAUUUGAUAUUGCAUAUUUCUACCAGAAGUACUUGUAUAGAGAUAGUGGUAGAAACACUUCGUUAAUGGUCUUGGAUGAAUGGAAUUGAGGAUAUUUUAU